AUCGGAGAGCAACCACCGCCUCCGGUCCCGACUCCGAUGAUGGCGGACGGCGCCGCAGCUGGCGCUGGCGGCAGCCCAUCCUUGAGAGAGCUGCGGGCACGGAUGGUUGCUGCAGCAAACGAGAUUGCUAAGGAAAGGAGGAAGCAAUGUGUGGUUAAUCGUGUUGCAACCCAUUCCUCAAAUAUAAGAUCGACAUUUAAACCAGUAAUCGAUGGAUCCAUGCUUAAAAAUGACAUAAAACAAAGAUUAGCAAGAGAGCGCAGAGAGGAGAAAAGGAGACAGCAAGACGCCAAUAAAGAAACACAACUACUUGAAAAAGAAAGAAAGACCAAGCUCCAAUAUGAAAAACAGAUGGAGGAAAGACAGAGAAAGCUGAAGGAGCGAAAAGAGAAAGAAGAACAACGGAGAAUAGCCGCAGAAGAAAAAAGACACCAGAAGGAUGAAGCACAAAAGGAAAAAUUUACAGCCAUUCUUUAUCGUACUUUGGAACGGAGGAGACUUGCUGAUGAUUAUCAGCAAAAAAGAUGGUCAUGGGGAGGCUCUGCAAUGGCGAAUUCUGAGAGCAAAACUGCCAAUAAACGAUCUGCAUCUACUGAAAAACUUGAACAGGGUACUUCUGCUUUAAUCAGACAAAUGCCUUUGUCAUCUGCAGGCCUUCAAAAUUCCGUUGCCAAAAGGAAAACAGACGAGAGAAGCUCAUCUUUAAAUAGAAGAGAUAGUAACCUACAUUCGUCUGCUGAUAAAGAACAAGCAGAAAGGAAGCCACGUGUUACAGGCGUCACCAAUUAUGUAAUGCGGUAUGUCACUGUACCCUUGCGUAAAUGUACUAGUGACGAAUUAAGGGCUGUUAUGUUUCCCAUGUCAACAAUGAAAAUACCUCCUCAAACAAAAGUAGAAGAGGCUCCCUUGGAGAAAGUAGAGACACCUCCCAAGGCAAGUGUGGAUGCACCCCCCCAGGUGAAUGUGGAAGUAUUCUGCAACACAAGCAUGGAAGCGUCCCCCAAGGCAAGUGUGGGCACGGUCCCUGAGGUGAGCACGGACUCGUCCCCUGUGGUGAGCGUGGACGUGUCGCCUGUGGUGAGCACAUACGAUUCUGAGAUGAGCAUGGACGCAUCCCCUGAGUUGAGCAUAGAAGCACUCCGGAAGGUGCAUCUGGAAACAGUUCCCAAGGUGAGCAUAGAGGCAUCCCCGGAGGCGAGCCUGGAAGCACCCCCGGAAGUGAGUCUGGAAGCACUGCCAGAGGUGAGCGUGGAAGCAGCCCCAGAGGGGGGCCUGGAAGCACCUCCCAAGGGGAGCACAGAAGUAGCCCCGAAGGAGAGUGUGAAAGGGUCACCCAAGGAGAGCAUGGAGGCAUCUCCUGAGGCGAUGGUGAAAGCAUCCCCCGAGACAUCCCUUAAAUCAAGCAUGGAAGCAUCUCCCAAGGCAAAAGCGAGAGACGCUCCAAAGAAAUCAGAAAUGGACAAACAGGCCUUAAUCCCUAUUGCCAAGAAGCGUCUAUCAUCAUACACUGAAUAUUAUAAAUGGUCAUCAUCUCCUGCAAAUGUUUGUGGUCUGCCGUCUCCCAUCAGCACUAACAGGCAAAUCCAAAAGAACCGCCCUCCAUCACCAUUACCACUUAUUUCAAAACAGUCACCACAGACUUCUUUUCCUUAUAAAAUAAUGCCUAUUCAACACACCCUGUCCGUGCAAAGUGCAUCAAGUACUGUCAAGAAGAAGAAAGAAACAGUUUCUAAAACCACUAACAGAUGUGAGGCUUUGAGCCAAAGGCAUAUGAUCUAUGAAGAGUCUGGUAAUAAGAGUACUGCAGGUAUUAUGAAUGCUGAGGCGGCAACAAAAAUUUUGACAGAAUUGCGCCGCCUUGCUCGUGAACAAAGAGAAAAAGAGGAAGAAGAAAUACAACGGGAAGAAAUGCAGCGAAGGGUCAUUAAGAAAUCAAAAGACAUGGCAAAGGAAGCAGUUGGAGGCCAAGCAGAAGACCACUUGAAACUCAAAGAUGGGCAGCGACAAAAGGAGACUAAAAAGAAGAAAGGAUGGUUGGAUCAGGAAGACCAGGAAGCACCACUGCAGAAAAGGGAUGCCAAAAUAAAAGCUCAAGAGGAAGCUGACAAACGCAAGAAAGAACACGAGAGAAUUAUGUUACAAAAUUUACAAGAACGGUUAGAAAGGAAAAAGAGAAUAGAAGAAAUUAUGAAGCGGACGAGAAAGACAGAUGUGAAUGCCUCAAAGGUCGCAGAGACCUCCAGCCAUGACAUAUAUGAAGAGGCUGAGGCUGACAAUGAAGAAAGCGACAAGGACUCAUUGAAUGAAAUGUUUCCAUCAGCCAUUCUAAAUGACACAGGCUCACCUACCAAAUUUAAAAUACCAUUCAACAAUGCCAAGAAAAUGACACACAAGCUGGUAUUUCUAGAAGACGGUACUAGCCAGGUCCGUAAAGAGCCAAAAACAUAUUUUAAUGGCGAUUUGAAAAACUUCAGACAAAAAAGCAUGAAAGACACUUCAAUACAGGAAAUAGUUUCAAGACCAUCUUCCAAAAGAAUGACCAGUCAUACAACGAAAACCAGAAAGGCAGAUGAAACCAACACCACCAGCAGAUCCUCUGCACAAACAAACUCUGAAGGAUUCCAUGACAUCUCGCCAAAGUCCCCAGACACCUUUAGACGAUAAGAGAAGAAGCAAACCUGUUUCUCCUCAUUUGGAUAUGUAAACCUUACUUAGCCUGGGAGAUAAAUACAUCUUCCACUCUGGAUAACUCAACUCCUGGGCCCAUCAGUCCUCAAAUUUUUCUGCUUCUGACUUGAACCUGGUAAAGGAAGUGACACUGAAAAAUUGAAAGAAACUGUCAAAAGGCCACCUUGAUGUAUAUCUCAGAUGUUAAAAUCAUCUUGUUCUCUUGUGUCUAAGCAAGAGUUCUAAGUAAAGAGUGGUUUUUGUUUUCUUUGGAAAAUCA